CUGAAUUUUCUCGUUUAGACAAUAAGCGCAAACUUAGUCAACGGUCGUGCCGUGCGAAGCCCGUGCAGGCAGACGCGUCCAUAAUAUCCACGCGAUCGUCUUCUCGAAAGAGGAAGCACCGCACAACAUCUACGCCCCAGCGACGCUUCGCCCAGGCAUUUCCACAAACACUUGGCCGGCAACUCCCGCUCCAAGUCACCAUGGCCGAGAAAGAGCAAGCCAGGCCACUCGCGCCCGCCUCGUACACCGUCCGCAGCGACGCGCCCGCCUCGUACACUGUCCGCAGCGACGCAGACGAGGCCUUGUCGGCCCACUUCAGGCUCCACCGGCCGAGAUACUUCAAGUGCUGCGGCAUCACCGCCGCGCUCUUCCUCAUCCUCGCCGUCGUCGCCCUCGUCCUCGUCUUCACCGUCUUCCACGUCAAGGACCCGAUCGUCCGGAUGAACCGGGUCCAGAUCCCCCAGCUCGCCCAGCUGGUCGCGAACGGGACGUCGCUCGCCGGCGCCAACAUCACCGCCGUCGCCGACGUCUCCGUCAAGAACCCGAACGUCGCGUCCUUCCGGUACGGCAGCUCCGCGACGCGGAUAUCCUACGGCGGGGUGGUCGUGGGCGAGGGCAUGAUCCCGGCGGGGAAGGCGGCGGCGCGGCGGACGCAGCGCGUGAACGUGACGGUGGAGGUGGUGACGGCGAGGAUCGCGGCGUCGCCGAGGCUGGGCGGCGACCUGACCGCCGGGAACCUGAGGAUGGAGAGCCACACGAGGAUCGACGGGAGGGUGAAGAUACUGAGCAUCAUCAGGAAGCACGUGGUGGUGACGCUGAACUGCAACAUCACGUACGUGAUCACCACUCGGGAGAUCAAACAGGCUUGCAAACCGCACGUUUCGUUCUGAAGUUUCUCUUAUCUUUGAGCUGAGAAUGUUUUCUCUUUCUUUCUUUCUUCUUUUUUUUUCUGAUUUUGUCUAUGCACGAAUUAUAUAUAAAACAGUAGUUUUUACAAUUUAGGCGAAAUUGAGGAGUAAUUAGUAUCAUACUUAAAGAGAGGAUUAGUGGGAAUGUAGAAAUUGUUCAUACUAAAUGACAAUAAUGUCAUUUUAUAGUUCA